GCAGAAGUCGCACUUCGUGAUGAUCAAUAUACCCUUGACCACAUGCGUGCCUUUGGCAUGUUUAAUUAUCUUCACCUGGAUUCCUGGUACCAGGAUAAUGUCUACUACAUUGACCAAUAUGGAAGGGUUAUGAAUGUGUCGGUGACUCUGGAUACUGCUCUACAAAAACCAAGAGAAGUUUUCAGACUACCAACAGACUUGGCAGCUUGUGAUAAUCGCCUUUGUGCUUCAAUAUAUUUCUCCUCUUCCACUUGGGUUGCACUUUCUGAUGGAACAGGACGACUGUAUUUAAUUAAAUCAGGCAAACGUGGGAACAGUGCAUCUGAAAAGUGGGAGAUUGUGUAUAAUGAAGAACUAGGCAAUCCAUUUACUAUAGUACACAGUGUUUCAUUUGUAAAAUCAGAUAAACAUUCAGUAGCUGUACUGUUGCUUAGAGUAGAAAAAGAUGAAAUGGACACAAAAGGAAGUGGAUAUCAUAUUGUCUUGGAAUGGGUUACAAUUACAGAGUCAAGCAAAGAGGGUGAUCGUAGAUACGAGAUCUUCAAAAGGAGAGUUUUACAAGGAAAAUCACUCCCUCAUUAUGCAGCGAUUGAACCGAGUGGAGAUGGUUUAAUGAUUCUCUCCUACAAACCGUUCAAAUUUAUGCAAGAUGAGGAAGAAAAAAUAGAAGAAAAUGCUGAUGAAAAAGUAACAAAUGAAAAGAAAGACCCUCUCUAUUACUGGCAACAGACUGAAGAUGACUUGACAAUAACGGUUCCCAUUCCUGAAGAUACCGUUAAGGAUGACAUAAAAGUACAUUUUUCCCCUGAUAAUAUAUGUGUUACACUGAAAGACCAGCCUGCUUUGAUGGAAGGAAAACUCUAUUCAUCUGUGGACCAUGAAAGCUGCACGUGGAUAAUUGGAGAGAACAAAAGCUUGGAAAUUUCUCUAAUUAAGAAAAGUGAGGGACCCCGGUGGCCUGAACUAAUAGUUGGUGACACAAGAGGAGAAUUGAUUAUGGAUCCUGCCCAACGCUCUGCAAUCGCUGAAAGCCUGAUGCAUCUUACCUCUGAAGUAAUGAAUUCAAAUCCAGACAAAGAAAAGCCACCUUGUAAUGCACAAGAAUUAGAGGAAUGUGAUGCUUUUCUUGAAGACAGCGCAAGUUUGUGCAGAUUUGAUGGUGAUACCUUGAAAAUUACUCAUGUAAUUAAUCUUGGAAGCAACCAAUAUCUUUUCUCAGUUGUUGUGGAUCCCAAAGAAAUGCCCUGCUUCUGCCUGAGGCACGACGUUGAUGCUCUUCUCUGGCAGCCCCGCUCUGACCAGCCAGAGAACAUGUGGGAGCACAUUGCAACUUUUAAUGCUUUAGGCUACGUCCAAGCAUCAAAGCAAGACAAGAAGUUCAUGGCUUGUGCCCCGAAUCAUUCCUACGCCGCCCUGUGCGAGUGUCUGCGUCGGGUCUUCAUCUACCGGCAGCCGGCGCCGCUGCCCACGGUCCUCUACAACAGGAAGGAGGGGAGGCAAGUGGGGCAGGUCGCCAAGCAGCUGGUGGCCACCCUGGAAGCCAGCGAUCCUAUCCUAGGCUUUCAGGCUACAAAUGAGAGAUUGUUUGUUCUCACAACAAAAACCCUGUUUUUAAUAAAGGUAAACACUGAAAACUAA